AUGCAAAUCAGACGGCACCUGGUCCGGGGGUCCUUGGGCUUGAUCCUGAUUCUGGUGCUGUUAGCCAUCGACUGCCAGGCCAAGCGGCCGGGCAAGCGAUUGCACGGCCUGUCCCCAGCCCAACUGCUCAAGGAAUUUGAGCUGCCACUCAACAAUGGCUCCCAGGAGCUGUCGCAGAGCAUUGUGUCCUGGACAGGAGCGCGCAUCCAGCAGAAGAGCCAGAGGAAGCAGUCGACGCAAUCAAUGCGGCGGCGGAAAACCAAGAGUGGCCUCCUCAUAGAAAGUAACAUUACAGAGGACGAGUCAACGUCGACGGUGACUUCAUCAUCCUCAUCGGAGUCGCUAGCCAAGAAAAAGUCAUCGCAGCGUCGCCGCAACGGGCGAUUGCAGCGGCCAGGCGGAGGAGCUGCCAGACCGAAUGCCAAUGCCCUGCGUUUGCUCAACAGCCAGCAAGCCGAUGAUGUGUCCGCUGGCGUUGGAUCAUCAUCCAGUUCGGGAGGCCUCUAUCCCCCGCUCUUUAAUGUGGCACCUCGGGCCUCGAUCACAGUGAAUGCCACGUGUGGACAGAACGGGGCGGAGGAGUACUGCAAGCUGGUCGACGCCUAUCCCCAUAGGAACUGGGCCAAGCAGUGCGGCACCUGCAAUGCCCACUCCUCGGAUCGGGCCAAGCAGCGGCCCAUCGAGUCGCUAAUCUCGCCCGGUUCCGGCUUCGAGGAGAUCUGGUGGCAGUCCCCGACGCUUCAGGGUGGCCGUCACUUCGAGUAUGUGACCAUCACACUCGAUCUAAAGCAGACCUAUCAAAUCUUCUUUGUGAUGUUAAAGUCGGCAAACUCGCCGCGACCCGCCUCUUGGAUACUCGAAAAGUCGCUGAAUGGCAUCGACUACGAGCCCUGGCAGUACUUUGGACUGAGUGACGCAGACUGCCGGCGCCGCUGGAAUCUCUCCGGAGAGAAUGGCAAAUAUGUCUUUCAGAACGACACCGAAGUCAUAUGCUCGACACAGUUCUCGAAGCCUUUGCCCCUGGAGAACGGAGAGCUGCAUGUUUCACUGCUGAAGAAUCGUCCCGGAGCCAUGGACCAGAGCCCAGAGCUCAUGCAGUUCAUAACCGCUCGCUACAUGAGGAUUCGGCUGCAGGGAAUGCACUCCACUGCGAAUCUGGACAACAGCGUGGACUGGCUGCUCGACUCGCCGUCGUUGGAGAAGCGCAGCUUCUACUCCCUCAAGCAGCUGCGGGUGAGUGCCCGACUGGACUGCCACGGACAUGCGGACCGAACCCAGGAGACGACGGGUAGCCCAGUGGUGCAGUGCGUCUGCCAGCACAACGCUUGCGGAAUGCAGUGCGAGGAGUGCUGUCCUCUGUUUCAAGAUCGACCCUAUCGACUGAGCGAAGAGUGCGAGAUCUGUCAGUGCCAUGGCCAUGCCGAAAGCUGCUCCUACGACUCCUUCCUGGACAAGGGCAUCUGCCAGGGCUGUGCGAACCACACGGCCGGCAAUGAGUGUGAGUUCUGCGAGAGUGGAUAUUACAGGGAACUAGGCUCCGGCCUCACGGAACCUUGUGUGGCGUGUAGCUGCGAUCCCAGCCGGUCUACUGGGAGCUGCCAUCCGGAGGGCGGCCACUGCAAUUGCCUGGAGGGCUUCCGGGGCAAGCGGUGCGAGGAGUGCGCUCCAGGCUACUACGGAGAGGAGUGCAAGCCGUGCGAGUGCGAUGAGAGGGGAACCCUCUCCUCCGACAGCUCCUGCUCCGGCAAAUGUCAGUGCAAGCUCAAUGUGGAGGGGGAGGCAUGCUCCGAGUGCGCUGCCGGGUACUUUGAUUUGAGCGAAGAGAACCCACUGGGCUGUACCAGCUGCUGGUGCUCCGGUGUCUCCGAUACCUGCCACAGUGCCAGGCUCCAGACACUGGCCUUCGAGACCCUCAACGAUUGGAAGCUCACGGACAUACAGCGGAAGCAAUGGUUUCCCAUAUCUGUCGAUGCGGAGAAGGGCCUGACCUUUGGCAAUGAACCGGACGAACUGGAGGCCAUCUACUGGCAGGCACCCCUGGGAUACUUGGGCAAUCGCUUGACCAGCUACGGGGCCAGGCUGCAGCUGCUGCUUUCGUGGGUUGUGAUGCGCGGCGACACCUCGGGAAAGUCCUCAACGGGACCCAAUGUUAUUUUGUGCGGCAAGAACGGGCUGAAGAUCGGCUAUGCCGAUGACUCGUUCGUGGGACUGGAGGCCAGCCUGAAUGUGACACUAACGGAGGAGGGCUGGUACCAUGUGCCGCCCGCCAUCAAAGACAUCAAGACCAGACUCAGGCGAACCGAGGGCGGGGAGUAUCAUGGGGAGUCGGUUACCCGCACCCAGUUCCUCUCGGUUCUCGUUUCCCUUGAGGCCAUGCUCAUCCGCGCCGCCUUCCACACCGACCAGGUGGAGACCUCGCUGGUGCGGGCUGUCAUCUACUCAGGCGGCGUGGAGCUGGGCGCCCAGGCUUCCACACAGGUGGAGCAGUGCCUCUGCCCGGCCGGCUACACGGGACUCUCUUGCGAGGGCUGUGCCUUCGGCUACAAACGCAUCUAUGAGAACUCCACGGAGCACCAGCUGCUGAGCAAGUGCAUCCCCUGUCCCUGCAACGGUCACUCCAACUCUUGUGAUCUGCAGAGCGGCAACUGUGGCGAUUGCAUGCACAACACAUUUGGCGAACGCUGCGAGCGUUGUCAGCUUGGAUUUUAUGGAAACCCUCUGCAGGGUACGCCUCACGACUGCAAGCGUUGCGCCUGUCCACUGCCCGAGGAGUCGAACAACUUCUCGCCCAGCUGCCAGCUGAAGAGCUACAACUACAUGGACCUGAAUCCUCAGUUCGAGCUGAUCGAGCACGCGGAAUACAUUUGCACGCAGUGCCCGGAGGGUUUCACCGGCGACCAUUGCCAGGUGUGCGACGAUGGAUACUUUGGCGAUCCGAUGCAGAUAGGCAGCAGCUGCCAGCGCUGCGACUGCGCUGGAGGACCGUGCAACGUGACCACCGGCGCCUGCAUCACGUGCAGUGGCAACACCGAGGGCUGGCACUGCGAGCGAUGCAAGUUGGGCUACUGGGGAGAUCCUGCCGUCGGCUGUGAGCCCUGCCUCUGCCAUGCCGAGGGAUCGGAGAGCGGUCUCUGCGACAGCACAGAUGGUCAGUGCCUGUGCAAGCCGAGAUUCGCCGGACAGAAGUGCGACGAAUGCGACACGGGCUUCGCCCACGUGGACCUACGCUGUCCGCCGUGCAGCUGCGAUACCCUGGGUACUGCUACCCCUGACACGUGCGACCAACUGACGGGUCAGUGCCAGUGCAAGGUGGGCGUCAUUGGUGUCAAGUGCCAUGAGUGCCAGGAUGGAUACUUUGGCAUGAACGUGGAUGCCCAGCAGCUGGAGGAUCUGGCUGCGCUGCAACUAGCCGAAGACGAUGCCGACUGGGAGCUGGUGGCCGAAACCGAUGAUCCAACGGAUGCCCCCACGGUGGCCUGCGAGGAGUGCCACUGCAGCAGCGUGGGUUCCCUGUCCGCAGCCUGUGAUAAGCGUUCAGGACAAUGCGCCUGUCUGGCCAAUGUGACGGGCAGACGCUGCGACAAGUGCCGUGCGGGCCACUGGAAUCUCACGCAAGGCGUCGGAUGCCACGACUGCCACUGCGACCCGCACGGAUCCCGUGGCGACGAGUGCAAUCCGUGGACGGGUCAGUGCGACUGCAAGAUCGGAGUGGGUGGCCAGCACUGCAAUGAGUGCACCGAAGGCUUCUUCGGCUUCAGCACCGAGGGCUGCCAGCGUUGCUCGGCGUGCACGGCGGAGGGUCAGGUGUGCGACUCACACAACGGACGCUGCAUUUGCCCCAAGUUCACCCGCGGACUGGGCUGUGGGCAGUGUGUGCCCGGCACGUGGGGCUGGCAGGCGCGUCUGGGCUGUCGGGAGUGCGAGUGUGAUCACAUUGGCUCCAUUGGCCAGCUGUGUGCUCCAGCAGACGGGCAGUGCCAGUGCCGCGAGGGAUAUGCGGGCAGAAGCUGCGACUCCUGCGCCGCGGGCUACUUUGGCUAUCCGGAGUGCAGGCGCUGCGGCUGCGAUGCGGACGGUUCCUUCACGCGCUCGGAUGGCUUGAUUGCCUGCGACUCGAAUGGCCAGUGUCCGUGCAAGAGUCUCGUGGUGGGUCUCAAGUGCGACACCUGCAUGCAGAGCACCUUCGGGCUGUCCGCCCUCAACCCAGAGGGAUGCACGCGUUGCUUCUGCUUUGGUCGCUCCGGUGAGUGCCAGCAGAGCGAGUUGUCCUGGGGCCACAUUCGCAUGCCCGAGUCACGGAACCUCAGUGUCCAGCAGAUACGUCCCCAGCACGUGCCGAGCGGGGAGUACGAGUACAUUGUGGUGGUCCAGAUGGAGGGCACCGUCUUCCAUCGCGAGGAUGCGGAAAUUCAGCGCAUGAACGACCUGAGUCUGGUGCCGCGAUCGACAGGCAAUGUGUCCAUCGGUGCCUACGGACAGUUCUACCAUCCGCUGUACUUCCAGCUGCCUCCACAGUUCUACGGGGAUCGCACCAGCAGCUAUGGUGGCUAUCUGUACUUUUCUUUAAUAACCGAAGGCGCUCACACGCCACUGGAGCGCAAGGUCCUCUCCCAGUAUCCGCUGGUUCAGCUCCAUGCCCACUCGAAGCUGCUGUUGGACUUCUAUGAGUACGAGGAGUUCGAGUACUCUCUGAAUGUGACACAUCGCGUGCCGCUCCACGAGUCCCUGUGGAAAUAUCAUCACAAUAAUCAGGCCGUCGAUCGGGGAACCCUCAUGGCAGCGCUCCAAAAUAUUCGCCACAUUUUCAUACGCGCCUUCGCCUUUGCAGAUUUCCAGGAAGUUGUCCUUCAGAAUGUGCACAUGGAUGCGGCCAUCUAUGUGGAGGGCUCCACCAACCUCAUAGCCAAGGGUGUGGAGCGUUGCAAGUGCCCCAAGCGCUUUGAUGGUUUGUCCUGCCAGGACCCUGGGCGCUCCUUCUAUCGUUGGCGCAACACCAGUGAUGUGGACAGCGUCUUCAUUGAGGAUCUAAUUGGACGUGCAGCUCCCUGCCAUUGCAAUGGACGCAGCACCGAUUGUGACAAAGAGACGGGCGUCUGUCAGAACUGUCGCGCAAACAGUGGCGGAGAUCAUUGCCAGCAAUGUGCCGAGGGCUUCUAUGGCGAUCCCAACUCCCCGCACGGCUGCCAGGCCUGCCCCUGCCCCGAAACCAAUCGCAACUUUGCCCGCGGCUGCAAUGUCUGGGACGGGGAAGUGAGUUGCGUCUGCAAGCCCGGCUACACGGGCAGAUUGUGCGAGCGCUGCCAUCCCGGCUACUUUGGCAAUCCCACAAUGUAUCCCAAUAGCAGCUGCCAGGCCUGCAAUUGUAAUGCGGACGGAAUCCGAGCCGAGGGCUGUGACUCGGAGACGGGUCAGUGCUAUUGCCGUGAGGGUGUCACGGGCCUCAAGUGCAGCAAAUGUCUGGCGGAACGGCAUCAUGUGGUGGAGAAUGGAUGCAAAGUUUGCGACAAUUGCACGCUCUUGCUCCUCGACUAUGUUGAGCUGGUGGGCCAUAAGCUGCGUCGCGGCCUGCACAACAUGGAUCUGACGGGAAUACCGGCUCCCUAUCUCAAGUUGUCUGAGUACGAGCGCGGCUACGACACUUGGCGUGGGCGGCAGCAGGACUUUAGCCAGGCGCGGCAGCUGCUGCAGGACUAUGAUACGGCGAGUGUCCUCAAGCUGGAUGCCCAUGCUGAGAAUAUGAAGUUCAAGUCGCGCAAGGCGCUGUCCACGAUUGGCAAGAGGCAGUUUGCUCUCAAGGCCAUGCAGGAUGAUGCUUUGGUGCAGCAACACGAUGUGGGAUUGGUUCGGGCAGAGAUACUCCAGACGCUGCACGAUUUGCGGAGCUACGGCAUGGGAGCACAGCAUCUCAGUCUGCCGACGGCUUUGAAACAGGCCCGUUUCUAUCUGCAGGCUAUUCAGGAGCAUCAUCAGGGCAUUCAGGGCAUACGCAGCACCAAUGAGUGUGCCUGGCGGCACUUCUAUGUCUCAGGCAACGCCUCGGAUGCAGCGUUCGAUGAGCGGGGACGCCUGGAGAUGCUCUGGCGAGAUCUGAACCAGACCAACCAUCGUGUGGUGGACAUGCGACUGCAGCUCGAUCGCACCCUUGAGGUGGAGGGCGAGGCGGAGGACAUUGUGGAGCAUGUACGCAAUCUCAGUGGCCACACGGCCGAGGCGCAUCAGGAGCUGAACGAGCUGGGCCAACUCAUUGGACGGCAUCUCAAUCAGAGCUAUCUGGACCAGGGUGAAGUGCUGGCGAGGCUCACUCUGGAGCGGCAGUCUCUGCUGAGCGAACACCUCAACCAGCUGGACGGUUCGGCUGUGCUCCUCAAUGCCACGCUCGACGUCACGUUCGAGCAGCAGCGGGAGGUGCGCAAACACUGGCUGCCCAAGGCGGAGAAGCACGCGGAUCGUCUGCUGGAGAGAUCGAACGAGUAUGCACGGCAGUUCCAGCCCACGAGGAAUGGGGCACGCAUUGCCAUGCUGGCCAGCUCGGCGCACAGCAACAUAACGAAGGCGAUCAACGAUGCACGUCAGGGCUCGAUGCUGGCCAAGGAGCGGGUCUACGAUGCUCAGCGAACGCUUUAUCCCAGCGAUGGCAGCUCCAUGAUUGAGCGGGCCAAGCACUCGCUGCACCGCUCCAGGCAGCUGCAGCAGGAGGCCCUCAAGCAGAUGCACAAGUCCAAUGUGCUCAAGGAGAAGUUGCACCAGCAGCAGGAGCAGGUGGAGGGCAUCAAGGCGACCAUCUUCGAGUCUGGGCUGCGCACCAACAACAUCUCUGGCCAGCUGCAGACCCUCACGGACAGUUCGGCUCGUCGUCAUGCCAAGGAGAGCCUGGAUCUGGCACGCAGAACCGGCGAGCAGAUGCGCGCCGAACUGCGCAAGGCCAAGGAGAUGCAGGAGUCCAUUCAGAACAUGCGCAAAUCCUUCACCAAGCUGGAGCCCGACUGGGACAUCAAGCUGGGAAUGGCACAGGAAAAUAUAUCCCUAACCAAGACCAAUCUGCGACUGGCCAACGUGUCGCUCAGCUACCUGGAGCAGCAGGCAUCCAAGGAGCAGCAAGUGUUCGAGGCGUGGAACAGCAGCAUGGCCAAGCAGCUGCAGCAGCUCAGGGAUCAGAUAGCCAAGGCCAGGCAUGCAGCACAAGCGAUCGAUGUAUCAUUGGAGUCUUUGGGUCCCAAGUGCAUUCGCUCUUAUCUGCCGGCGUCUUAUGGUCUGAGCACCUCCAACAAUUUGCGUCUCAGCUUCGCAUUGGCCAACCACAUUGAGAGCUCCCCGCUGAUCCAAGUGGAAGGCAGUGAGGGUCGCCACAUCACGCUGGAGUUGUACAAGCGCCGUGUGCGUCUUGUGUGGAAUCUGGGUGGCACCACGGCCACCGUCACCCAUCCCAUGGUGGUGCAGACGCGCGAUCCCAAGUACGACGAUGCCUGGUACCAUGUGGAGGCCAAUCGAACGCUCAAUCUGGGCAGCUUGGUGGUGCGACGAAUGAAUAACUAUGGCGAGCUGACACCCAGCAAUCCGGUGACCAUCACGGGCUCCACCGACACCGAGCACACGCGCAUCUAUCAGUCGCGAAACGAUCGCAUAUCCCUGGGUGGCUUCGCUUCGAGGGAUUUGCAGCUGACGCCUGGCCUCAAUGUGGUCGUGCACCAGGUGGAGGUGGACAACAAGCCGCUGGGCCUGUGGAACUUUGUGGACAGCGAGGGGCGUUGCGGUGGCUCCAUGAUCGGCGCACGCGAAUCCUCCGCCUCAUCGACGGCGCGGCACUUCAAUGGACUCGGCUAUGCCCAGCUGAUGAAGACCCGUCCACGGCCAUAUCGUAAAAAUCUUUUCUCUGUGCAGAUGACCUUCCGUACGCUGGACGAGAAUGCGUUGCUCUUCCUGGCGGUUGAUGACAAGAAUAACCGCUCGGUGUCGGUAACAUUGAGCCGUGGCCGCAUCAUGUUCCGCAUUGACUACGGCGACGAGUCCAAGCUGGAGAUCAACACCACCAAAAAGUACAAUGUGGGUCAGUGGAUCAAAAUCGAGGCCGCCCGCGAGUUCUCGGCCAAGCGGAGCACAGAGAACGGCAUGCUGCGUGUGAACAACGAUCGUCCCAUCUCCGGGGCACCCACACUGCCUGUGAAUGCACAACUGCUGCCAGAUUUGUCCAAGGCUGUUUACUAUUUGGGUGGAGUGCCGCCGGGAUUCACAUCGGGCACGACCAAAGCUCCGGGCGCUGAUAAUCCCUUCCUGGGCUGCAUGACGGAUGUUCAGGUGAACGGCGAGACGUACGAUCCCCUGGAGAGCUCCAGCUACUUUGGCGUAGAGCCCUCCUGCAAGGACAUGAUUACAAAGGCUGGUUUCUCGGGCAAUGGGUAUCUGGAGCUGCCAUCCCAGUCGCUCAGAAAGCGCUCGAACACUGCGCUGGUCUUCCGCACCCUGCAACCCGACUGUCUCUUGCUGCUGGCCGCCUAUCCGCCCGAGGUGCUUGUCGACUACGAUGACAAGGACAUCAAGGGCAACUAUUCAAUGAGCCUGGUGGAUGGCCAGCUGCACGUGUGGCUCAACUCUGGCCGCAGCUUUGUCAAGAUGUCCUCCAACAUCAGUCAGCUAAACGAUGGCGAACUGCACGUCAUAAACCUGAUAAAAACGGGUCGCAAGCUGGAGCUGAUGGUGGACGAUGAGCUGCAAGAUGUACGCAGCCUGAGCGGCAGCCCAACGGUCAUAAGUCUGCCCCGUGAGGCGGGCGGCCUCUACAUCGGCGGAGCUCCGCCGCAUGAAAGCUUCACGCCGCUGGCGCCCACCUUCGUCAAUCUGGAAGGCGCCAUUCGGGAUGUUGUGUUCAACAAUCGGACAGUGAACUUCAACGAUGCGUUGACCUUUUCGAAUGUUCAAAUCGGACGCAAUGGUCCGCUGAUGGGCAGUCUCAAGGGUGGACUCUACGAUGUGUUUCUGAAGACGGAACCGAUGAUCGGAAAGAGUUUCACAGCCUCGCCGGAGGGCUGCAAGCGGAUCGGCAGCUACUCCUAUGAGCCGAACGCCUUCAAGUUCGGCGACGAGAUCUACAGCUACUCGCAGCUGAAGCUGCCCGAGCGUCACUUCUGGCAGCGCAACUUCCGCCUGAGCUUCGACUUUCGCUCCUUCUAUCCCAAUGGCAUGCUCUACCUUUCGCCCGGCAGCAAGGAGAAGCCAAAGCACUAUGUGGUGCUCCUCCUCAAAGACGGACAGCUGCUCCUGAUUGUGCGCGGUCGUCGACGCGAGGAGCUCCAGCUCACCGCGAAGCUGAACGAUGGCGAGUGGCAUCGGGUGACUGUUAGCUGUCAUGAGCGCAAGGUCACCAUGUCGGUGGAGAUUGGCCGAACGGACCAGAAGACAUCCGCCCAGAUGAAGCUGCCGAAGAAGAUUGGCGCCUCGCAGCUGCUGCUGGUCGGCGGCCUGCCCCAGGCCCCAGUCAAGGUGGCAUCGGAGCUCUACAUGCGACUGGAGCCCUUCAAGGGCUGCCUGCGACGCGUGACCAUCAACAAUAGCACCCAGGAUCUGGCACGUCCCGGCAAGCACUCGAAUGUGGGACAAUGUUUUCCCACUGUCGAAAGAGGCAGCUACUUCCCAGGCGAUGCCUACGCCAUCUACAAGAAAAACUUUCAUGUGGGAAAAUAUCUUGAUCUGGAAACGGAAUUUCGCACCUCGGAAUUAUCGGGAAUAUUGCUGAGUGUGUCCGAGCCGAGUGGAUUCCCAGCCCUCUCGUUGGAGCUGCACAACGGCAAUAUCGUUUUCUCCUGCGAUCUGGGAGAUGGAAUGCCGCUGCGUCUGGAGUCGUCGUUGCCUGGGAAGUAUGCCCUGUGCGACAACAAGUGGCAUAAUAUUUCGGCUCUCUACGAUGGCGAGCAGAUUGUGCUGCGAAUCGAUCAACUGCCAGCCGUCAUCAGUGCUGGAAACCAACGGAACGCGGGCAAAGUGCAAACCCGUUCACCCCUCUACAUAGGCGGGCUGCCAGAAGUGGCGCCCAGCGGCUCGCUGCUGUCUAGGGAGAACUUCAAGGGCUGCAUCCGCAAUGUGUCCAUACGCAACGAGAAGCGUGACUGGAUCGAUAUGGACGAUCUGCGCAAUGUCCUGCUCAGCGAGUGCCUCGUGUCCAGCGAUGAUAGCUGAAAGAACUGUCCGGCCGCCGUCCGGGGCGUUUCUGGUUCCUGGUUGACGACACACCAAAACUUUUUCCAAAUGUAUUGUGAUCAAUAACGAGUUUUAUAGCCUAUCACUGCCAUAUAAGUUAGCCUUAGCCUAGGAUUAGCUUUUUUGUAUAUCUCAACUCAAACUUAUCUUGGAACUUUCAUUGCCAGUGACUGCAUUUUCAAAUCCACCAUCUGAUUUUAUUUUAUUUUAUUUAUUUCGCUUAUUUACCCCAGUUGAACUUACCGUUUCCAUUCUCAUUCUUAUUUAUUUAUUUUAUGUUUUAAAAGAGGCUUUAAGUUUGUAUUUCCUUUCAUUCGAUUCCAGCGAAUCUCCUAUUUGUACAGUCCACAACGAGAUACUUACCACCCAUUAAGUAGAAUUAGUUAAUACUACUUUCAUUUGUACAUAGAAGUGGCCAUUUAGCUUUUAAGCAUCAUAACAUUUACACGUAGGAUCUACCACGUGGCAUC